AAAACAUCCUGCCAGGCAGCUAGCGGUUGGUUUGUGAAACCUGCAAGAGCCACAAAGACGAGAGGGAGGCGUCUGCUGCGUCCCUGGGUCGUUUCAAAUUUGCCUUUAAAACAUCGUAAGAUUAAACAACCGCUAGUUAUGGCAGAGGGAGACAACAAAAGCGCGAACGUACUCGCCCAGGAGACGGCCCAGCUGGAGGAGCAGCUGCAGGGCUGGGGAGAGGUGAUCCUGGCUGGGGACCAGGUGCUGCGCUGGAAGAAACCAUGGUUCCCUGGAGCCCUGAUGGCAGCCACCACACUGCUCUUCAUGAUGAUCUACUACCUGGACCCGUCGGUGCUGACCGGCCUGUCCUGCUCUAUCAUGCUGCUGUGUCUGUCUGACUACCUGGUGCCCACACUCGCCCCCCGCGUCUUCGGAUCCAACAAGUG